AUGUUUGUGUACCGGGCUAUUAAUAGUUGCGAUGAGACCUCCGCUGAAACCCAAACGACUUUAGAUUGGACGCCAUAUCAGCGUGCUAAUGUUCUAUCAAGUCAUUUAUGGGGUGAUAUCUUGGCUUGUCUAAUCGGUGGACCCAUAGCGGAACGAUGGGGUGCUCGCUAUGUUGUUUUCUUUGGGAUCCUGGUCAGCGCUGUAUUGACAAUGGCUACUCCUGCCGCUGCCAAGCACAGUUAUAUAUCCAUGUUGGUCGUUAGAUUUAUACUUGGAUUUUUUACUGGAUUCAUAAAUCCAGGGUGCCACGUUUUACUAUCCAGAUGGGCAGUAGCAACUGAUAAAGGCAAAUUCUCUGGAGCACUGAUGGGUGGUAGCAUAGGCAUAUUUAUAGCGUGGAGUAUAUGCGGACAGCUCAUCGAACCUUUUGGUUGGGAAUGGGGAUUCUAUUUCUUUGGAAUCGUCAGUUUUCCACUAAUUGGUUUACUCUGGUUCUUGGUAUACGAUUCACCGGAAAAUCACCCUUACAUUUCUGAAAAGGAGAAACAAUACUUAACUGAUAACAUUCAAGUGCAACGUAAAAAACAAUCGAUUCCGUAUCGUCACAUUUUAACCUCGAUACCGUUUUGGUCAUUGGCGAUUAUUAACUUCGGAAGUGGCUGGGGAAUUUUCUUUGUCAUCACCGCAGCUCCAAACUAUAUCGCAAACGCAUUGGGCUUCAACAUUGCAUCUACCGGGUUAUUAUCGGCAUUAACCUACUUAGCAAAAUCAACUUUCGCGAUCAUGUUUGGAUCAGUUGGAGACUUCCUAUUACAAAGAAAACUCGUUUCAUUGAAUAUGCUAAGAAAGUCUUCCAUCUUUAUUUCUCACGUGAUACCGGGUUUGGGUCUAAUAAGUAUGGCAUAUCCCGGAAUGCAGCCAGCGUAUUAUAUCGCUUUGAUAACGGGGGUAAUGGCAAUGAAUGGCUCUGUGACUUUGACAACUGCUGUGAAUGGACACGAUUUGACAAGGAAUUUCGCUGGUACCGUAAACGGCAUAGUGUUUGCAAUGAUGACAGUUGCAGGAAUAAUAACUCCUUAUGUUACUGCCUUUUUCACAAAGGACGAUGAGACAAGUGCAGCUUUAUGGCAACCCGUGUUUUAUACGGGAGGUUCAGUAUUCAUGGCCACUGGAUUACAAUUCUUGUUCCUGGGUUCGACAAAGACUCAAUAUUGGAAUGAUAUCACCAAAGAGAAAGAUGCAGAAGAUCAAGAAAAAAAUUAAAUCACAUUCCUAUACUGCUCAAAGAAUGAAUAAUUAAUAAGUGCGCACGUUUUU